AUGGGCCUGAAGUGGGUGAUGCGAUGGGUGCCCCUGUCGGGCGGCAGCGUCCACGGCGACGCGGAGGCCAAGCUGGCGACUUUCGUGCAGCAUCUGUGCUCACGGGCAGACGGGCAGAAGAUGGAACAGGGCAACACAAAAUGGGUCAGCCAGUGCCAGUUCAUGAAGCAAACUCAGGCGGAGGAGCAGGAGGAAAUGGGGAGAAGAGGACAGGGAUUGGGGGCUGGAGAUUUGGAUGUGAUUGUUGUCUCGCUGACGGGGGUGAGUGACCACAGAUACCUAGUUGCGAGGAAUGAAAGUGUGGUCAUCGAGGGAGACUUGAAGAUUCUGGACGUUUUGUCAAAAAUGAACUUCCAGGCAGUGGCUCAAGUCCGCUUUGAGGGCAUCAACUACAUAAUUGGCGAUUUUCUUGUGAAGGUUGGCAGCGUGAUUCAAAACGAAGAAAUCAAAGGAUUUAUGUUGGAUGUUGAGUACAGGCCACUGUCUCACAUACCAUCGGGCCACAUGCUCAUGUGGGAGUUUUGCCAAAUACUCAGGAAUGCUGCACAAGAACUGACAGCAGGAAAAUUGGAGGACAUCUCUUUGCCGGAUCAGUAUUCCCUGGGCAACAACUUUACAAACAUGCAUUCAGCUGUGCAGUAUGCACUAAUGGCCUCAGUGUACAUGAAAGGUCAAUCUUACGAUGAAGAUCUGGAAUGA